AUGUCCCUCUCACUGUCGUCUGCUCCAAACAUCGUCUGGAGACUAUAUGUCGACUCCUUGUGGCGGUGGACGGACCAGCCAACAUCAUGGAUCUCCCACACUGCAUAUGUCUGCCGCAUUCUUGCGAUUUUGCUCAUCAUCCCUUUCCUUCUCCUCAUUCUUGUGGACAUUGUCUCGUACGGAAUAGCGCGAACCCUUGGGGUCAUCGAUCUCACCGAUGCAUCGACAAGCGACAACAAGACAAUCCACGGCACUGGCAAGGGCAAAGGCCGGGUUCCAGUUGUGCAGAUCAUGCCGUCUUCGCCUGACGCUAUGACCACGGUGACCAAGACAGAGGGUCGGCCUGCACUCCAAUGCGACAUAAGCCCCCUCGAUACGCUCCCCCCACUGAACAUGGAAAACGCGAGCCCCUCCCAGGAAGCAUAUUUCACCUCAGAGCCAAACAGCUUGAAGUUGUCCGGUGUUGGUCUCUUCUCUCCAGCCGCCUCGCGUCCGCCUUCGCCAACGAUCACCCGAAAAAGUUUGCCGCCAGACGAGAAGCUGGUCGAUCUCGACGAGGAAGAGGGCAUUGUGUUUAGAAAGCGGGCCACGCGUAAGCCCCAGGGUCAUGACGAAGACGAGCGCCAAUAA